AUGAAAGAUAUGAACAAGGAGAAUCAUGCUGCUAUGGUUUACCUUGAAAAGGCUGGUUUUGAGUCAUGGUUUAGAGCCUUUUUUGAUGACACUAGUAAGUAUGAACACCUAAAUAACAACUUUAAUGAGUCAUUUAAUUUCAUUGCAAAAAACCUUAGGGACAAACCAAUAUGUAGACUAGGAAUUCUUUAUAAUCAGUUGGUUAUGAGUUUGUUUCACAAAAGGAGAAAACAAAGUGCAAAAUGGAAUCCAAAUGGAUUGGUUCCUACUGCUAUGAAAAUGAUUGGUAAAUUGUGUAACUUGGUUGGUGCAUUUAAAGUAGACCCAUGUAUGAGUGGUAAAUUGUAUGAAGUUACAAAUGAGGGUAGCAAGGCAGUUUUUAUUGUGAACUUGGAAGAAAAGCAGUGCAAUUGUCUCCAAUGGCAACUCAGAGGGUUUGUUUGUCAACAUGUUGUUUGUUGUUUGAAGCCAUUCAUACCUGAUUGGACAAAGUAUUGCUUUCAUUAUUACACAGUUGCUGCAUACAGAGCCACAUAUGUUCAAGUUGUCUUUCCAUUUCCUUCUCAAGAAGAUUGGCCUGAGUUGGAAGAACAUGAAAAGGUUGAAUUGGAAUCUGCUAUCAAGAUCAGGAAAUCAGGAAGGCCUAGAGUUAAGAGGAGGAGAGCAUGGGAUGAGCCUAAAGCACCUACAAAGGCGUAUUCAUGUUCAGGAUGUAAAUCAACUGGUCAUAACAAAAGUACAUGUGAAGUUGGUGAUGUUGGCAAGAAUCCAAAAGCUAAGAGGCAAAGAACCCAAGUAGAUGGUGUUACCUUCACAUUUUUUGACAGACCUGCUCCUAAGAAGAAACAAUCAUCCUCAACCAUCUGGCAUUAG